AGAUGCUGUGACUAGCAAUGUGAUGUUCGGUCGAAGACAGAGCUGACUAAACAAAUGGAUUGUUUUCGAGCCGGUUCAUUCGUCUUUUUCGCCCUUAGCGUACUCAUUUAUCUGGCUUCUUCGGAGGAACCACUUCGAGUGGAACGGGCUGAAGGUUCACGUGUCGAGCGGAUUAGCCAAACUGGGAGGCGAGUGAACUUUUCCUGGGUUAGGUCUGAACAAAUCGGUUCAUGGCUUGAGGCGGAGCACCAGUGUAGUUUGCGAAGUGGUCGGUUACCACAAGCAAACGAGAUGAGAUAUUUUUACAAGACUUUGCGAUCAGAUGACGCACAGCUUCCACCGCUUGAUCCAACUGAUACUCACCGCACUCCUGUUACGCUGUACGGAGUGCGUUUCUAUCUAGGUGACAUUUUGGAAGCCACAAUGGAUUAUCCGAACACCGAAAGUGGAGAGCGAAUGUGUUUGAUUGUGGAGAAGCGACCAAAUUCACCGGUACAGCUGGUCGAGGUCUCUAGUGUUCGCAGCUGCUCCACACCAGUCAACUUACUUGUCUGUCGUUUCGCACUCGAUGGUGAGGAAGUAUACCCAAUCGGUGCAAGUCAAUCCGAUGAAAAUCAGCUCAGCAAUCCGUGCAAUAUCUACUCCGAACAAUUGUCCGGACCGCUUCCACAGUGGAUAGUGGAACUGAAGAAAAAGGCGGAAUUGCAAGAUAACCACAUGUGCUUCCGACAUGAAAUAUUUUAUGCAACUGCAUCCUUGGGUUGCCUGGUGAUAUUUAUCACCACCAUCAGUACAGUUCUGCUCGCGAUUCGAUAUUACCUUCUGGUCCGACAGACAAAAUCCGGGAGGCGCCGGAACAAUGAAGGCUAUUUAAUGGCACCACCAUCGUCAGCACCAUCAGAAGUUUCGACUCACGUGGAUGGCGUGGAUGCAAUCGGAGAAGGGAAGAUGGAUAUUUUGGCCGAUUCGGCGUUCUACCGUGCUCCGGGGUCGAUAAGAGAUAGCUACAAGCAAGCGCUUAUUACUGACGGUUACCAAAAACUGGCCAACGGAUUACGGGCCUCCAGAAACAGACAACCCGGAGUUUCUGCAGUGAGGUCAUCAGUCAGAGCUUCGACAAGAGCAUCACAACGCUGA